GUGGCCCCUUUAUCGACCAGGUCUACGUCCUGCAGAGCUACGCAGAAGGCUGGAAAGAAGGCACCUGGGAGGAGAAGGUGGACGAGCGGCCGUGCCUCGACCAGCUCCUGUACUCGCAGGACAAGCAUGAGUACUACAGAGGAUGGUUUUGGGGUUAUGAAGAAACCAGGGGUUUAAAUGUUUCCUGUCUGUCCGUCCAAGGAUCGGCUUCUAUUGUAGCACCUGUGCUUCUGAAAAACACUUCAGCCCGGUCCGUGAUGUUAGACAGAGCCGAGAACCUGCUCCACGACCACUAUGGAGGAAAGGAGUACUGGGACACACGGCGGAGCAUGGUGUUCGCCCGGCACCUGCGGGCCGUGGGAGAUGCCUUCCGAGGCAGGCACCUCAACUCCACCGACGCCACAGACAGGAUCCCCUUUGAGGAGGACUGGACCAAGAUGAAGGUCCAGCUGGGCUCCUCGCUGGGGGGCCCAUACCUCGGAGUCCACCUGAGAAGAAAAGAUUUUAUCUGGGGGCACAGGGAGGAUGUGCCCAGUCUAGAAGGGGCCGUGAGGAAGAUCCGCAGUCUCAUGGAGAUGCACCAGCUGGACAAGGUGUUUGUGGCCACGGAUGCCAUCAGAGAGGAAUAUGAAGAGCUGAAAAAACUGUUACCCGAAAUGGUGAGGUUCGAACCCACUUGGGAAGAGCUGGAACUCUACAAAGACGGAGGCGUGGCCAUCAUUGAUCAGUGGAUCUGCUCGCAUGCCAGGUUUUUUAUCGGCACCUCAGUCUCGACAUUUUCUUUUCGGAUUCAUGAGGAAAGAGAAAUUCUGGGGUUGGACCCAACGACAACGUACAAUAGGUUCUGUGGCGACCAGGAGAAGGCCUGCGAGCAGCCCACCCACUGGAAGAUCGCCUACUGAGGCAGCGCCACUCAGGGCCUGCUGGAUGUGAGGUGGAUGCCGCGGGGUUGCUCUGGUGAGCAGGACUGUCCCUCCGCUCGCUUCAGUGUGUCCCUGGGUGCUGCAGCCCCUGGGGGCUGUGGCAUUUUCAGUAGGGAUCCAUGAAGCCGUGACUCAGCUAUAGCGAGGCCCACAGGACGACCCGAGAGUGCAGGUGUCACCAGAUGCCACCCUGCAGGCCUUUCUCACCACCUGUUUGCUGCGCAUUUUAAGCAUGUUGAGGACGUGCUGGCGGGCGAGCUGCCCUCUCGGGGGGGCGGCGCUGAUGCUUUGCUUGGAGCUGGCGCUGUUCCACACAUUCCAUUAUUUCAGAUAUCUGGAGGGGAGAUCAGAGGGCCUCCAGGUCCCACCCACUGCCCCACCCCAGCCUGUGGCCACAUGUGACCUGUGUCCUCACGGGGAACGGAGAAGGUGCCUCCGCCACACAGAGCCUCGCUGGGUGGCGGUGCCCAUUGAGACCCUCCUCUCCCUGCGUCAGUGCCAAGAGCUCCAUGGCGCGUCUCAGCGUCUGUCCCCUGUUCACAUGGGAACUCCCCUGGAUUGUCCACAGGAUGCCCCAGCUCCACUGUCCUCACAUCUGGGCCCGGCUGUGGCCGUGGGUGGAUCCCUCGCUUGCUGCCUAGAGAGUAUAGAAGUGAUGGUCACACCAGCUUCCCAGCCUCAUCUGAGACACUCCGCUUCAUUGGUAGCUCUUCAUACCCAUUUUAGCAAGACCCUUUUCUAGGUAUUCACGCGUCCACCAUGAGGGGCUGUGGAGAGGGGACACUGGAUGCGUAAUCUGCGGAGGGUGCAGUGUCACCUCACUCCCCACCACAGGUCAAGCAGCCGUCAGCCAGGCUGGUGCGGCUCCACCCUGAGCAGCCACUUCCCAUGUCUGCUGGCGGCAUGGUGACAUGAACACAGCAUGACAAGCAGAGGAUGCUGGCGAGGAGGACAGUGCCUGGCUGGUUGGGGACACUGCCUGGUCACACCCUGUGUCUUCUUCCUGAGCUUCUCACUGACCCUGAACAUGCAGUGGGGCCCCAGGCUGGGUAGAAUGAUGGCAUAUUUAUUCUUUUUCUAUUCGUACUUUCAAAUGCUGUAAAUAAAGUAAAUUUUCUAGGAAGCUGGAA